GGCACACGGCGCUACUGCCGAGCGCAGCGCCCACCCGCGCGAUGGCUCAGGCCGCCGGCCCGGCUGGCAGCGGGGAGCCGCGGGCUGAGGCGGUGGGCGGCGAGGGGCCGCAGGAGCCCCGGGCAGCCGGCGGCGAUGCCGGGGGCUCGCAGGACGCACUGAGCCUGGAGGAGAUCCUGCGGCUCUACAACCAGCCCAUCAACGAGGAGCAGGCGUGGGCCGUGUGCUACCAGUGCUGCGGCUCCCUGCGCGCCGCCGCCCGCCGCCGCCAGCCCGGCUGCCGCGUGCGCUCGGCUGCGCAGAUCCGCGUCUGGAGGGACGGCGCAGUCACCCUGGCGCCCGCGGCCGACGACGCGGGAGAGCCGCCUCCCGUUGCGGGUAAAUUGGGAUAUUCACAAUGUACAGAAACAGAGGUCAUUGAAUCUUUGGGAAUUAUUAUUUAUAAAGCACUGGACUAUGGUUUGAAGGAGAAUGAAGAAAGGGAAUUAAGCCCUCCCCUCGAGCAGCUCAUCGAUCACAUGGCCAACACGGUAGAAGCUGAUGGGAGCAAUGAUGAGGGCUAUGAGGCUGCAGAAGAAGGCCUGGAAGAUGAAGAAGAUGAAAAGAGAAAAAUCUCAGUUAUUCGGUCGUAUAGAGAUGUCAUGAAGUUGUGUGCUGCUCAUCUCCCUACUGAAUCAGACGCACCAAAUCAUUAUCAGGCAGUAUGCCGUGCCCUGUUUGCAGAAACAAUGGAGCUCCAUACAUUUCUGACCAAAAUUAAGAGUGCAAAGGAGAAUCUUAAGAAGAUUCAAGAAAUGGAAAAGAGUGAUGAAUCUAGCACAGACCUGGAAGAGCUGAAAAAUGCUGACUGGGCACGAUUCUGGGUACAGGUGAUGAGGGAUUUGAGGAAUGGGGUAAAACUUAAGAAGGUCCAAGAGCGGCAGUACAAUCCGUUGCCCAUUGAAUAUCAGCUCACCCCUUAUGAGAUGCUAAUGGAUGACAUUCGCUGCAAAAGAUAUACUUUGCGAAAAGUGAUGGUGAAUGGUGAUAUUCCCCCUCGGUUAAAAAAGAGUGCUCAUGAAAUCAUCCUCGACUUCAUCAGAUCCAGACCUCCUUUAAAUCCAGCCUCAGCCAGAAAACUGAAACCAACCCCACCACGGCCACGGAGCCUCCAUGAAAGAAUAUUAGAAGAAAUUAAAGCAGAAAGAAAGCUGCGGCCUGUCUCACCAGAGGAGAUUAGACGUAGCAGAUUAGCAAUGCGGCCACUUAGCAUGUCUUACAGUUUUGACUUGUCAGAUGUAACUACCCCUGAAACUACGAAGAAUCUUGUGGAGCCAUCUGUGGUGAAUGGAGGUUUGACAGCACAAACAAAAGAAAACGGGUUAAGUACCGAUCAACAGGUGCCUGCACAGCGGAAGAAGCUCCUCAAAGCCCCAACUCUGGCCGAACUGGACAGCUCUGAGUCUGAGGAGGAAACCCUGCACAAGUCGACCAGCAGCAGCAGCGUGUCUCCCUCUUUCCCUGAAGAUCCAGUCCUGGAGGCCAUGUCCACGAGGAAGAAGCCUCCAAAGUUCCUGCCCAUAUCAUCAACACCCCAGCCAGAGAGACGGCAGCCACCCCAGAGACGACAUUCCAUUGAAAAGGAAACGCCUACUAACGUGAGGCAGUUCCUGCCUCCUUCCAGGCAGAGUUCCCGCUCUCUUGUUCCUAGGAUAACCAGUGUAUGGCCAAGGACGCCUUUCCGACCACUUUUUUCUACCAUACAAACAGCUUCUCUGCUCAGCUCUCAUCCUUUUGAAGCAGCCAUGUUUGGGGUAGCAGGGGCUAUGUAUUAUCUGUGUGAGAGAGCUUUUACCAGCAGGUGGAAAUCCUCAAAGGAGGAAUUCUGCUACCCAGUGGAAUGCCUCGCUCUUACUGUGGAAGAAGUGAUGCAUAUUCGCCAGGUCCUGGUGAAGGCAGAGCUGGAAAAAUACCAACAGUAUAAAGACAUCUACACCGCCUUGAAAAAAGGAAAGCUCUGCUUUUGUUGCCGAACCAGGAGGUUUUCCUUCUUCACUUGGUCUUAUACUUGUCAGUUCUGUAAGAGGCCGGUGUGCUCACAGUGUUGCAAAAAGAUGCGGCUGCCAUCCAAGCCAUACUCCACUCUUCCUAUCUUUUCACUGGGACCUUCUGCUCUGCAAAGAGGGGAAAGUAGUACGAGGUCAGAUAAACCCUCCACUGCUCAUCAUCGGCCACUUCGGAGCAUUGCCAGGUUCUCCUCAAAAUCUAAGUCUAUGGACAAAUCCGAUGAAGAACUCCAGUUUCCCAAAGAGUUGAUGGAGGACUGGAGCACCAUGGAGGUGUGUGUGGACUGCAAGAAAUUCAUUUCGGAAAUCAUCAGUUCAAGCCGGCGCAGUCUGGUGUUGGCCAACAAAAGGGCCCGUUUGAAAAGGAAAACGCAGUCUUUCUACAUGUCCUCGCCAGGACCCUCGGAGUACUGCCCUUCGGAGAGGACGAUCAGUGAGAUCUGAGCCUCGUGCCUUUCAGCUGCCUUUGUGCUCAGAGUCAGUGUCCGUGCGCAAGAACACUGAGCCGGGCUGGCUCUCCUUUCUGUGGUUUUAUUUAAUAGGCUUGAAUUUGCAUUAGAUCAGAUUUUUGCUGCAUCACAUUAUUCCACAGACUGAAUGCUGUGUUCAUAUCGAUUGACGAUAUGUGACAGGUCCGCCAAUUGCUUGUUUGCACUGAGAGAGGAGAACAGUUUGAAACUUGCUUUUGUGUGUGUGUGUGUGUGGCUUUGGAAGCCAGUAACUCCUUCCUUGGUUCAGUUCUUUACUAUUCCUCGAAUAAUCUCCUGACUAAGGCAAAAAGAAGCUUCUCCUGUGAGAACCAGUCUAACAGAGAUGCCGAUGUCAGCACAGCCCUAAGCAGUAAGUCAUAUUGGCAUUUCCAUGUGACUGUGUUUCUAUCCCGUGUACAGAGAGAUCUAGAGCCCUACAACGCCAGGACCUGGGGGCUCACAGCACAGAACCUAGAAGCACCUGCUGACACUUUCCAACUGAUUUUUAAAUUACUGUUGCUUGGAGAUGAAAAUUACGUAAGGGACUUUAUGCCUGCAUUCUAGUGCAAAACAUCUGAAGAGCUGUACACCCUCAAGGGUGACUAUUUCCCCUGAGUGGCCGUGUUGUCCCAGUGCCCUGGAUCAGUAUCUCCUGAGUGGGUGACAGGUCUUCAUUUCCUAUCUUGAAUGUAUUAUGGUUACUAAUAGUUUUAUAAUGUUGGUCUAAGAAUUAAGGUUUUAUGGGAGUUUCAGGACAAAGGAAGGCUAAAAGUUUGUCAAGAAGUUGAGCACAUUUUGGUUACCUAUGAGAAGGGUUGCAACAGCGUAGAGUGGCAGCUCUUGGCCACGCUGUAGAAAUGAGCUGGAGCUCAUGUGUUUUCAACUGCAUUUUUCAUAACUUUAUAAUACAUCCAUCUCGACUAAAUUAAGCCACAAUUUGUUACGUAGGGUCUCAAACUGAAAUUUAUUUUUAUAAAUGAAUUUUAAAAGAAAAAAUAUCUACUUCUUUUAACGUUAGAAGAAAAUUAACCUGCUGACAGGCAAUAUUUUUAGGGUGCUUUCUGCACUAGUUUUCCUUGUAAAUGACUUGAGCGAGUAGGUUGGGUUUCUGAUGAAAGUAGACUGGGGGUAGUGUUGUAUGCCUCAAAUGUCUCAGUGUGUUUGGCCCAUACUAUGGGCUAUACGUUAUUUUGGUAUGCUUACAAAUGACCAACCAAUUAAAUUGCCAUUAAUGUUCAGAAAACCUGUUAAUGCACAUGCACAAUAAUUUCCUGAGAGCAUAGGACAUGUCUGUAGUCAGCUCCAUGAUAGCACCGUUUCAUGAGAGGCAUGGCGGCUGCAUUUCAUACCACAUCAAAAUACAGUAACAUUUCUAUACUAAAUUAACAGUAAUACCUCAGAACUGUUCCAGUAGUAGUUUUUAAUGGAUUGAAAUUUACAGUUUAGUAAAUGGCUUAAAAUUACUUAUGAAAUAAAUUUUACCAGUUGACUAAAA